AAAUAAUGUCUUAUUCUUCAAGGGAUUAACAAGAAAUAGAGGAUUUAGAAGAGCUCUCAUAUCCAAAAUCUCCUAAGUCUAAGAAAAUUAAGAAAAAUGAAUCACUUUCUCCAAAAAAGAAUUUUGGACAUUGGACUCCUGAAGAACAUUAAAAAUAUUUGAGAUUCCUACAAGACCAUACAGAUAUUAAGAAAAACAAUAAAAUAUUUAAAUCUAUGAGUGAUGUAGUUGGAACUAGAUCACCUAGUUAGUGUAGGUAAAAAUAAUAUUAUUAUAGAUCUCAUCAUUAAAAGUUUAAUCCAUUAUCACCAAUGGUUCAGAAAAAAAAUCUCAAAGUUGAAAAUACAACAUCAAUACCAAUAUCUACACCUUUACAAGAAUAAAUUUAAUAUGAAGAUGAAGACCGUCUUAAAAAACAAUUAGUCUAACUUAUAAUUAUUGAUGAAGAUGAACUUAUCAAUCAACCUUAAUAAUUUAAUUUAGAUGAUUUUUUCUGAAAUGC